ACCGAAGUACGCUGCUUAGGUUCCUGUUUGUGUUUCCGAAAAAAAGUCUUCAGUCUUCAGUCAUCAGAGCUGCUAGAGGAUGGAGUCAAACGGCGACGACGUGGCACGAACCCGCCUCGAAAUCGAAGCUUUAAACGACGAGAAAGCCCGGAUAGAGCAAAAGAUUUCAAUCCUCGAAGCUCGGCUCAAAGAAACAGCGUCAAGAGCAACUCAGCAGCAGCAAAACGACGGCGUUGGCAAUGGUUCUUGUCCUCCAAUCUCUGCCAUUGAUGCCAACCUGGCAGGUCUGUCGGCGGAUAGUAUUUACCGUUACAGCCGCCAUCUUUUGCUUCCUUCUUUUGGAAUCCAAGCACAAUCAAAUCUUUUGAAGUCGUCCAUAUUGGUUGUUGGAGCUGGAGGCUUAGGCUCGCCGGCUCUGUUAUAUCUUGCAGCUUGUGGUGUUGGUAGAUUGGGAAUUGUGGAUCAUGAUGUGGUUGAGCUUAAUAAUAUGCACAGGCAGGUUAUUCACACUGAAGCAUAUAUUGGUCGGCCAAAAGUGAAGUCCGCUGCUGCUGCUUGUCGUGCGAUCAACUCAACUCUACAGAUUGUUGAAUACAAAGAAGUUUUGCGCGCAUCUAAUGCUUUGGAAAUUUUGAGCCAAUAUGACAUAGUCAUAGAUGCAACUGACAAUGCUCCUAGUCGUUACAUGAUCAGUGAUUGCUGUGUUGUGUUGGGAAAGCCUCUAGUAUCAGGUGCGGCACUAGGAUUGGAAGGGCAGCUGACAGUUUACAAUUACAAAGGAGGUCCAUGCUAUCGAUGCCUAUUUGCAACUCCACCUUCUACAACUGCUUGCCAAAGAUGCUCUGAUAGUGGAGUCUUAGGAGUGGUCCCUGGAAUCAUCGGCUGUCUUCAAGCGCUAGAAGCCAUUAAAAUAGCAAGAGCUGUUGGUGAACCACUUUCAGGGCAGAUGCUUCUGUUUGAUGCUUUGUCAGCUCGAAUUCGUAUUGUCAAAAUAAGAGGCGGGUCAUUGCAAUGUGAAGCUUGUGGAGAAAAUCCAACAUUCAACCAACUGCUUUUCAAGGAUUUCGAUUAUGAGAAGUUGACUCAAUCUCCAUUGUCAACGUCUCCCCCGAAGCUGAAACUGCUUGCCACUGAUUCUAGAAUAACCGGUAAGGAGUACAAAGAGAGGAUUGCUAGUGGUGAAGCGGACAUUUUAGUAGACGUGCGACCAGAACACCAUUACAGGAUAGUUUCUAUCCCCAAGUCCUUGAACAUUCCGCUCGCAAGCUUGGAGGCUAGGUUGCCUGAAAUUUCUUCUGCAUUGAAAGAACAACAGCAAGAGCAGGAGGGCACUGGACCGGGUGCUAACCUGUAUGUAAUAUGUAGAAGAGGUAAUAAUUCACAAAGGGCCGUGCAAUUCCUCCACAACAGGGGUUUCAGUUUAGCUAACGAUAUUGUUGGGGGAUUGGAGUCCUGGUCCCAUGAAGUUGAUCCCAACUUCCCUUUGUAUUAGUACAAAACAUGUUUGUGUUGUAACAUGUUUUGGUCCAAAUGUUGUUAUAAUCUCAUAAAUGUUCAAUAUUUGUAACAUCACAUUAUCAAAUUUAAGUGAACUCUUUUGAAAAUUU